GAGCGGAGUUUGGCUGAAUCCGGACACAGAAGCUGUGGAAGCAGUCUCGGUGCAAGAUUUGAAGCCCAAGACCUACAGCCUCUCAGAAGAGCAUGCUCAAAAGCUGCGGUCUGCACAAAGCCACUUACCGGACAAGAUUCAACUGUACGAUGUCUCUUUGAAAACCGAGGGCAUGGAGCUGAUCACCCUGCAGAUACAUGGUGAGCGAUGUGUGGCAUUCUUUUCGCAUCCUCUCCUAUCUGACUUGAUCGCGCUGCCAGCC